AUGCGCGCCAACUCGACACAAAAGGCCUACGACGAGGCCUUCCUCGCCUGCUCCACGGCCGUGUACUUCGAAUCGCAGAGCAACGAGGCCGAAGCACUUCGUUCCUGGAGGACAGCACUUGACCAGAUCACCUAUCACAACGCUCACCGGGGGCCCGCGCUGAUCCGCCCGGCAUCCUCGACCGAACGAGCCCUUGUGGAGUCGCUGCGGCAGCUCGAGCUGCAAUGUAAAGAACGCGUCGAUCUGCUCGAGACACUGAAGCGUAGCCGCGACGAUAGCAAUGAGAGGAUCACCUCACCACCCGUCGACACCAAAGCCCCCACGCCACCCCCUCAUGCCACUCUUACGUCGCAAACAGAGGGCAAUGGUUCUCCCAGCUGGCUGGGUGACGGCACCAUACGCCCCGUCGAUUACAACGAUCUCUCGCGACCGCCGCCCCUGCCCAAGCGACCCUCACUCGCCCCUCGAAAGAGCUCUGGAGCUGAGUCGACUCGGACACUUACCCAAACCAUAAGUGGACCUUCUUUGAUGACGCCUGCUGCAACUCGCGCAAAGGACUCGCGGACACCUUCCCCCGAGAAAAAAGGGCGCAUGUUGAGAACCUUGAGGCCAGGAAGGGAUAGCAAGUCGUCCUCGUCUUCCAAGCUUCCGACUUCGAUGAGGUCCCAGCCCCCGGAUGCGGCCAAAGCAGCGACUCAGGCGUGGGGCUUCAAGUCAAUCCCUAGUUCUGGCAGAUUGGCGAAAGCCUCUCCAGCAAUACCACAGGUUUCUUCGAGCCGGCCUUCUCUAGAAACACCCAGCUCCUCCCUAGACACAAGCAUUCCGUCAGUAUCUGCUCACGGUAACGUACCGUACCAGUCGCAGCAUUCUCCAUUUUCUCGCUCUACGGAUGCCUUGAAUUCCCCGGCAUGUAAUCCUCCGCCAGCAGACAAUGGAAUUGACCCUGAGCAAGCGUUGAGGCCACCUCAUCUACGCCGUAAAAUCGUGCCAGCACCAUCUAGCCCUAGACAUUCCUUUGAUACAGGUCGCUCCAAGAGCUUCCAAGCGGGUGUUCCGAUUCCCGCAAUGCCAUCGUACCGCAACGAGUAUCCAGAACCAGCACCCAGUAACCGCGCUCUCGCCGCCUCAGCCGCGGCAAAACUAUCGUGGCCUGAUUUCUCCAACAAAACAACCCUGUCACAUCCUCGACCUACUCAACAACUUGCUCGCAAUAACGAUACUGACAAUCGAGCUCCGCAGCUGCGAAAGGAACCUCCUCAGCCUAUCGCUGUCGAGACUGAUGACAACGAAACGAAGACAAGACCACCACCGCGGAGAAAAGGUAAAGCCAAAGCGGGUACUGUUCGAGCCGAUCUACCCCCUACGCCAUCGUCUGAAGUUGGGCUCUCGGGGUCUGAAAGCGAUUCAGAUGAAUGGAAAGAGAAGGUCCGCGGCAUCAUGAAAUCUUUACCACGAGGUGUAGACGAGGCGGCUGCCAAACAGAUUCUAAACGAGAUCGUCAUCAAGGGAGAUGAAGUGCAUUGGAGCGAUGUCGCUGGGCUUGACGUGGCGAAGUCCGCAUUGAAAGAGACGGUCGUUUAUCCUUUCUUACGUCCUGAUCUCUUCAUGGGCCUGCGAGAGCCUGCUCGUGGUAUGCUUCUGUUCGGUCCUCCGGGUACAGGUAAGACGAUGCUUGCCCGAGCUGUCGCUACCGAAUCGCAUUCAACAUUCUUUGCCAUUUCCGCAAGCAGCUUGACAUCGAAGUUCCUGGGUGAGUCGGAGAAGCUCGUGCGUGCGCUCUUUGCGCUAGCCAAAUUGCUUGCGCCCUCUAUCAUAUUCAUCGAUGAGAUAGACUCCCUCUUGUCUUCUCGGUCCGGCUCUGGCGAGCAUGAAGCCACGCGGCGUAUCAAGACAGAGUUCCUCAUCCAGUGGUCUGAUCUCGCGAAAGCCGCUGCAGGAAAGGAGCAAACGGACAAGGAUAAAGAAAGAGGCGAUGCGAGCCGCGUAUUGGUUCUCGCCGCAACAAACCUCCCUUGGUCUAUCGACGAGGCCGCACGAAGACGUUUCGUAAGAAGACAAUAUAUCCCUUUGCCUGAAGACCACGUCCGAAAAAGCCAAGUCCAGACUCUCUUAAGCCACCAAAAGCAUGAGCUCGGUGAAUCUGACUUGGAUCGUUUAGUACAGCUCACGGAUGGUUUCUCCGGUUCCGAUAUCACAGCGCUCGCCAAAGACGCGGCCAUGGGUCCUCUGCGCUCACUGGGCGAGAGGCUACUGCACAUGACCAUGGAUGAGAUUAGGCCGAUACGGUUCGAGGACUUUAAGGCGAGUCUGCAAACUAUCAGACCGAGUGUCAGCAGGCAGGGUUUGAAGGAGUACGAGGAUUGGGCGAGGGAGUUUGGUGAGCGGGGAGGAUAG